CCGCUGUGGUGAGUGAGUACACGCGUUUGGUUCGAUCCCGCGCUAUCAGAAAGUCCUUGGCGCGAAAUGAUCGCAGCGCAGCGCUCGUGAAUAAUCAGAGCGAGGACCCUUUCCAUUAUCAGUGCACCUUUAGCACAGGUAACACAGGAUAUCCGGAAGAACAAGCAGUUCGGGUUACCACUUCAGCCGAGAUUUUUCACGAGCCUCUACAAUCUACAAUAAAAACUUCAGAUUACAGCCAUGACAGAGCUGAAGAAGAACAAGUUAUUUAUUGUGCUGAUGGAUAUUCUUUGUGUGCUCUUGGUGGCGAUGCCAUUCAUCAUCAUGACCAUCACAUUCAGGCCGUACAAGCGCGGAGUUUACUGUAACGACGAAACCAUUCGUUACCCCUACAGACCAGACACCAUCUCUCACAAAAUGAUGGCUGCCAUCACCAUAUGCUGCUCUAUUAUUAUCAUCACUUCAGGAGAGGCUUACCUGGUCUACACCAAACGUCUCUACUCCAAUUCAGACUUUAACCAGUACGCUGCAGCACUCUACAAAGUCGUGGGGACAUUUUUGUUUGGCGCAUGUGUGAGCCAGUCUCUGACCGAUAUGGCAAAGUACACCAUUGGACGCUUGAGGCCCAACUUCAUGGCAGUGUGCACUCCAGAAGUCUGUAACGGUUACAUGCUGGAGAUAAACUGCACGGGAAACUCUCACAACGUGACGGAGUCCAGGCUGUCGUUUUACUCCGGCCACUCGUCCUUCGGGAUGUACUGCAUGUUGUUUUUGGCGCUUUAUGUCCAGGCGCGAAUGGCAUCCAAGUGGGCCCGCCUCCUUCGGCCCACCAUUCAGUUCUUCCUGGUGGCUUUUGCCAUUUAUGUGGGCUACACGCGUGUGUCUGACUAUAAACACCACUGGAGUGAUGUCGUCGUUGGUCUUCUGCAAGGCGCUCUAGUUGCUAUCCUCACGGUGCGAUACAUUUCCGACUUCUUCAAAGAGCGCCCCCCUCGCUGUCAGGAUGUUGAAAAUGCAGAAAACGAAGACAUGGAGCAUAAACCCAGCCUUCAGAUCGCAGACGCAGACAGAAACAACCAUUACACUUACAGCAGGCCCGUAUGAGCCUGACCUUUGACCUUUAACCCAAUGUGAUUACAAAACCACUGGAUGCUGCAUCCUCUAUUCCAUGUACCUACACUGCCAUCAACUAUACUCUCUUCCACAGGAUAAUACUCCCCAUUUCAUACUACUGUGUGUGUGUGUGUGUGUGUGUGUGUGUGAGAGAGAGAAAUUAAGAGAAUGCACAGACUAACACUGAAUCACAUAUACUAUAUAGAUGGCUGAACGUGUUUAUAACAUUUUAUGCACACUCCUAUACGCCAUGUGCACAGAUCGAAUCUAAUGAAUAGUAAGAGACUUUUUUUUUUUUUUUUUUUAUCAGAGUACCAAAACACUUUCCUCAAAAGGAACUGGUUGUUUCCAUGGCAACCACAAAACCACCGGUUGACAUUUACUCACUGGCUGAACUUCUGGUGUUAAAAUUCUUUCAACAUGGAGAAAAUAGUGCUUUUCUGACUUGUCAGAAGUCAAAGUUUGGUUGUCUGAAACAAAGAAAUCCAUAAUUUGAACACUGAAACGCUGCCAAAAGAAGGUUUACUCACAUUGUCAAAGAAAUAUUUUACGUACAGUUUAUAUGUUUAAAAAAAUUGGAUAACAGCAAUUUUAAAGGUCUUUUUUUAUAUAUAUAUAUAUAUAUAAAGAAAUAAUGUUAUUAUCCUGUGGUAGGUUUAGAAACAUUUUAUAACUCCAUAUAACUUUAUUUCGAUGUUUUUGUAUUGUUAUGCUUACAUCUUAACGCCAUGUCGACACGGCAAGCUUGCAAUGCCCUUCUAGUUUUGUUGUGUCGCUCGCUCUUAAUGUAGACAUGGUGUUAUGUUUUUAAUAAGAACCACUAGCUAACUAGCGCACAUUUAUAUUUGGCCUGUUCCUAACAGGUUUCUGUAAAACUCUAGAAAACUAGCAUAACUAACACAGUAGCUGCAAGAAUAAACCAACCUACCCAUGUUAUAGGACAUUAAUAAUAUAUUAAUUAAAACUAUUAACACGCAGAUUAGAAUAAAACAGUUCAACAGCUGAAAGUGAAAAUGCUGCUACAGUUUUUGCAUUACAAUCCCAAAAAUCAGAACAUCUCCAGUGUUUUCACAUGUGAUGUUUAGCAUAUCAAAUUUGUAAACAAAUUAAGAAACAUGGCUGCAAAUUGCGAUACUUAACAGAGUUGCGAAGACCGUCUUUUGACAGUGCCUUGCCCGAGAGUGUAGAUGACGUGAAUCGCUGUCCCGAGGUUAGUUACGUUGAUAUCAUUAACUACUUCCAACAACUGCACAAUUUGAGCCUGAACUCAUGUUUACUACUACUGGCACCUCAAAUUGUUGUUCUCCAUUUGGAUCAUUCAUUUCGGUAGAUUCUACAGUGUUUCUUAUGGACCCGGAACCAGAAAACAAUCCAGCAAUCAUAUUUAUCAUGGCGCCACCCAGUGGUUGGUCAAGAAAACUGUGGAGACAGCUACAUGCAGAUUAUUAACCAAUGAGAUUUCAGAGCCACACAGUGUGAUGCAACAAAAUAGAAACUGUAUUUGAUUAAAACGGAUUGUGAUUUGUUUGUCAUGAUGUGCCAGAUUUAUUCUUAGUCUUAUGUGCUGUUUUCCACUCAGUUUUAAAAAAGCCAUUAAAGUGGUCAUGAGCUGCCAAAACGACUCGUUCUCUACUUCCUCCACAUUGUGAUGUCACACUGUGGUAGACAGUUGCAUCUGACCUCCUCCACAACCACACAUCAAUGCCUACUUUACCUUUAAUCACUUCUGUAGCCCCAACCAGUAGUGGUGAGUAGUGAGAUGGCAAGAAGAGAGAGCAUGUCAGUCAAGAGCAGAGAGCCAAUCAGAACAGUGGGCGUUUACUGUCAAGUCUUAAAGGAGAACCAGCACCAAAACCAAGCGUUUCUGAAAGAGGGUCAGAAUGAGGGUGGAAAAUGACUAUGUUUUACAAAUAUGUGUGUUUUUUUGCAAAACAAAAAUACUAAUAUUAUAAGUGAACCUCAAAUGUAUACCACAGUGUGACAUCACAAUAUGGAGGAAGUAGAGAACGAGCCAUUUUGGCAGCUUGGUUUCAACAAAUGCGCUUUUCGCAGUGAGGAGGAAGUUUUGAGUUCUGAAACUUACAGUAUGUUUUAUAGUACAGUGAGCUCUAAUAUGUCAAAAGAUCAAGGAUUUGAAUCCUCGUGUCAUCUCAAGAUUUAACUUUAUGCUGCAUCUUUGUAUAAUGUCACACAGUAGCUUUAUUGCAAUAAUUCCCGUACUUCUACUUCGCACUUAAAGUAUGUACUUUGCUGAUGUUGGAAAAUAACUGCAUGCGCAUUUUCUAUAAAAGUUCACUAAUGGUGAAAUACAUACUGUAGUGUGUUUAACAUGACAGUAUGGCAAAUUGGAACAUACAAUAAUAUCUUAAAAUUGUCUUGAUACCAAAGACCCCUUUGUCACUUACUCUGCGUUAGCAUGCAAGCAUAAGCAUUUAGCUAAAUUCAUGAACUUAAAAUACAUUAUUGCUGAACUUUUAGGUUCAUAAUAUACCUUUAAAAGCUAAACAGUGUCUGCCUUGAUGUGCUCGCCAUUUUUUAUAGAAAGGGAGGACAACCCAAAAACAUGUAUGGAUGCAUACUUGGGAAAUCCACCGACAACAGUAUAAUUUCCAGGCAUCUUCAGCAUGCUAUAAGCCUGUUUAAAAUGGCAUUAAGCCUGUUUAAAAUGCACAUAUCUCUAUAUUUUUACUGUCUAUACUUUACCUGUUCUAUUGUUCAUGAGAAUAAUAGUGUCCCAAUUUUUCAUUGACGAUUUACCACAUAAAUCCUCCACAACACACAUCUGCUGCCUACUGCAAGUCGUGAAUGCUGCAGGACAUUUUUAUGGUCUAUAUUCACAGAAUAUAAAUGAUUUCUCUCUGUGUUGAACAGAGACUCUAUUUGACUCUUGCAUAGUUGCAGAAAACCAGACGGUCUUUAAAUAAACCUGUCCCCAUCACUAGGCUGAGCUCAUUUAGUGGAUAUACACAUUGAAUGUGAACAAGAUCAUGGCAUAUUUGUACACUUUUGCCAAUAUUUUCAAAUGUCACUACUGUUUUAUAUAAUAUAACAUAACCGAGCAAUAUUAUGGAUUAUUUUGGUAGGUUCAUUUAAAACUUUAUUCAUCUGUGCCUUUUAUAAUUAUUACGACAUAAUUAACUGAGACUCCACGGGAUAUUUACAUUUAUGCAUUUGGCAGACGCUUUUAUCCAAAGUGACUUACAGUGCACUUAUUACAGGGACAAUCCCCCCGGAGCAACCUGGAGUUAAGUGCCUUGCUCAAGGACACAAUGGUGGUGGCUGUGGAGAUCGAACCAGCAACCUUCUGAUUACCAGUUAUGUGCUUUAGACCACUACACCACCACCACUUUUUGUACUUUAAAAAUGUGUUUGUCACACCGCAAGAUCAUUUAAAAUGAACUAGUGAAGGCAAUAAUGGUGGACUAACACACAAAAUAUACACUUUCUCAAAUACAUUCAUGUCAACUUUAACCUAAAAUAUUGACUUUCUGCUGUUAUGCAUCAAUUAGGUAAUCACACCUACAUUAAGAACAAUUAGUGCUGAAUCUAAAAAAACUACUUCUUACAAAUGAAUACAUAUUUUAACAAGUUAAUUAAUAAUUAUCAUAUUACAUUGUUUAUUUCAAAACUAAAGCUUCCUAAAUGUGAAUUUCACAGAAAAAAUUCAAGUAAACAAUUUCCUUAUCUUUAAUGAAUCCAGUUAAAUUGAAGCUACUGAAUUGUUUUCGUUCAAUAAAUAAUUCUAUGCCACUUCUGAAGCUUCAAAAUAAAUAAAUAAAUCAGUUUUUAACAAUGAUUAUUUAGUCCAUUAACUGCUGUCUUGACUGGCAUCAGUGACUUUUUACCGUGAGUGUACAGCUUAUGAAUGUCGCACAUGUCAUUUUUAUUUUCAAGGUAUAUUUUGUAUUUGUUGGUUAUACCUACAACUUUAAGAAAUAAAAAAUAACAUCUUUUGUUCCAUAAUGUUUCUCAGAUUGGAAAGUUUGGGAGUUUCUCAAAGUUAACAGUGAAGUUCAGUGUAUUUAAAUUUUUUUCCUCUCCAUUAUCAAUUAAUAACAACCGGCUGACUGUACAUUAUCCCUUAUAUAACACUUUACAUUCCAGUAUCCAAGUUACUCAUGUUAUUAAUGAUCUUUGCUAACUAAGAGUUGAGAUUCAGUCAAAUCUGAACUGUACGUUAAUCUAUGUAUUGCAAUAACACAAAACUAUCAUAUGGAAUCUGAAAACUUGGAUUAUAGUGCAUGAGUUGCAUGAACCAUGGGUUUGAAAUGACAUAUGGUGAGUAAAUAAUAUAGAAUUUUAUUUUGAGUGAAAAUUUUCAUUUUUGUCUGAACUGAACUUUUUAAGAAUUGUAUCUUGCAUUUGCAUAAAUCUUUCAUUUACUAAACUUUCUUAUGAAUUCAGUCUAGUGCUGUUUAGCCAAAAACACAGGAUCACAAUGCUUUUAUGGGAUUUCUAUUGGACAAAACGGUCACAUAUAAUUGCAACAUCUUUUCAGCUGGCUUUUGUUCAAGGACAUCGAUAUGGCGUUUGUGUGCAGUUCCCAUUAACUUCAUUGUAACUGGUUCAAUGCUUAUUUUGUCUCCCGGGCAGAGCUGAAACAAUCAAAGCGAAGUAGUGAAUACACAUUUAAUGACUCAAGGCAAAAUGUCCAUUGUAAUAUUGAGUGUCCAUUUAAAAUCCUUUUCUAUUGAGUGUCUAUGAAUAGAACUGACUGAUUUAAAAGCAAUAUUUUUUUUAAAUAGCUACAUUUUCAGCUUGUAAUUUAUCAGAGAUAAGAAUGUUCUUUACACAAAUAUGCCAUUUCAUUUUCUUUUUUAAUCAAAUCAUUUUGUAUUAUCACUUUCUACCAAAAACACCUGUUCUCAGACCAUAACUCAAUCCAAUGAAUUGUUAAGAAAUUGUUUGCAAGUUUCCUCAUUUUAAGAGUGUCCUAGUCGUAGCUAUUACAGCUAAACUAACAAACAAAACAAAAAAGCCAUCGCAUGUUGUGUAUGAUGAGGAAAAUAUGGUUAGUUUGUCAACACUAUACAAUUUUGACUAAUCAACAGAUGGAGCUUAAAAUGAGUUUAAAAUCUUCCUCUCUGUAUUCUCUAUUCAUUUUAAAUCGAAACUGAAUGCUAGAUUGGUCCAUAGUUUUAUGUGACAGUACACAUCUUAAUUUGUUACUCAAAAAUGCAUCUUACUGUCGUAAAACUAUUAUUACAUUUUAAAUGUUGCACUAUAACUAUUAUACAGUGUAUUUACCUUUUUAUCACUAUAUUUUUUUGUAAUCAAAACUAGCUUCUGUUAUUAUUUCUUUAAAAUAAUAAUAAAAUGAAUGUCCUUAAGGUGUGCCUUUAGCCCCAUUGUACCCUAUCUAUAAAAUGUAGGAACACUUCUCAACAUGUUUAACACAUUGAUGCCUCAAGAAGUAAAUGUUUAUUUUUUUUCCCAUUCUGUAACCUACUUUGCCACAGUAUCCAAGAAUCAGUGUUAAUAUAUAUAUAUAAAAAAGCAAUAUCACACGAGCAAGAGAGCGAUAUGGCCCUAUAUCAGCACUGUGAUUUGGUCGCAGGUAAUCACAGCAGUGCUGAUGUAGGGCCAUAUAGCAUGACUGCAAGUGUUAUAUUGCUUAUAUACAAAAGUUCAAUGAACAAGUACAUUUUCAAAAAUAAGGAAAAUUGAGGACGGUCACAAAAAUGCAUUUGUGCAUGGAACUACUUUCUUAUGUGACCGACAAGAAUCUGCCGUUGCUGGAUCAAAACAAAUGAUACAUCCAAGCCUCCGUUUGUAAUUAAAAAAUGUCACUUCAGAAAUAAUAUCAUGGCUUGUGCUGUUUUAACAAGUUAUUGGAUAAAGAAGGAUGGAUGGAUGUGAGUGUGUGUGUGUGUGUGUGUGUGAGAGAUGGAGCGUGUGCAAUCACCUGUUGCCACUCCCAAGCAUAGAUGCUGUCAGCUUUCUGAAGAUCAGCUUUCUGAAGAUCAGCUUUCUCAGUGGUAAUAGCUGUCCAAGCAGUGGUAUUCCUCUCUAUUUC